UACAUCCUCUCCGAAGACUCCACUCCAUUAAUACUAACAUUGAGUAAUAAUAGCAAUAAAUAAACUUUACAAAUUCCCAAAUGCAUAAUUCCAAGGUUCCACUUCAUCAUUCGAGUCAAUGCCUCUGUUUUCCUUUUCUCACAUUUCCUCUUACCCAUUUCUCAUGUAAUAAAAAUCCUCAAACACACUAGUUGAAAUCUCAAGAUGACUCUUUUCAGAUUGUUUAUGUUGAUUUUAUUAUUUCUUGUAUUUCAACCCCUUCAUUCAGCUGUAGCUGAAGAUGAUAUAAAGUGCUUACAAGGAGUUAAGAAUUCCUUAACAGAUCCAAAAGGCAACUUAAAAUCAUGGAAUUUCGCAAAUUCCACAGUGGGGUUUAUCUGCAAAUUUGUUGGUGCUUCUUGUUGGAACGACCGUGAAAAUCGACUCAUAACCCUCCAACUUCGUGAUAUGAACCUCGGAGGUAGUAAAAUCCCAGAUUCUUUACAGUAUUGUAAAAGCUUACAAAAUCUUGAUCUUUCUGGUAAUAGACUUUCUGGUUCAAUUCCUUCUGAUAUUUGUACUUGGCUGCCCUUUUUAGUAACUCUUGAUUUGUCAAACAAUGAAUUUACUGGUUCUAUUCCAGCUGAUCUUGUUAGUUGUUCAUACUUGAAUAAAUUGAUGAUUAAUGAUAAUAAGCUUAGUGGGAAUAUACCACCCCAGUUUUCUAGUUUAAGUAGGCUUAAGACAUUUUCUGUAGCAAACAAUGAUCUUUCUGGUAGGAUUCCAGCAGCUUUCAAUUCAGCUAAUUCGUUUGAUUUCGGAGGUAAUGAUGGACUUUGUGGUGGACCUUUAGGGAAAUGUGGCGGAUUAAGUAAGAAAAAUUUAGCUAUUAUUAUUGUUGCCGGUGUUUUUGGAGCUGCUGCAUCUAUGUUGUUGGGUUUUGGGGGUUGGUAUUGGUAUUUUACGAAGGCGGGGAAGAGGAGGAGGAAGACGGGUUAUGGGUUAGGGAGAGAUGAUUCGGAUGGGUGGGCUGAGAAGUUGAGGGGUCAUAGGCUCACUCAGGUUAUGUUGUUUCAGAAACCUCUUGUGAAGGUUAAGUUAGCGGACUUGUUGGCUGCCACAAAUAAUUUUAGUAUGAAAAGUGUGAUAAACUCGACUAGGACAGGGACUACAUUUAGAGCUGUUUUACGUGAUAGUUCUGCACUUGCUAUUAAACGGCUUAAGACUUGCAAGCUGAGCGAGAAGCAGUUUCGGAUGGAGAUGAAUAGGUUAGGACAGGUUAGGCAUCCUAAUUUGGUGCCACUUUUGGGGUUUUGUGUUGUUGAAGAGGAAAAACUCUUGGUUUAUAAGCACCUUUCAAAUGGUACUUUGUAUUCAUUCUUGAAUGGGAACGCAAGUGUGUUGGAUUGGCCGACUAGGUUUAGGAUUGGUUUGGGAGCUGCGAGAGGCCUUGCUUGGCUACAUCAUGGUUGCAACCCUCCAAUCUUGCACCAAAAGAUAUGUUCUAACGUUAUUUUUCUUGACGAAGAUUUUGAUGCUAGAAUAAUGGAUUUUGGAUUGGCGAGGCUGAUGACACCUUCAGAUGCAAAAGAGACUAGUUUUAUGAAUGUAGAGUUGGGUGAAUUUGGCUAUGUUGCUCCGGAAUAUUCAAGUACAAUGGUGGCUUCGCUGAAAGGGGAUGCCUACAGCUUUGGAGUUGUGCUUUUGGAGUUGGCUACGGGGCAAAGACCUCUAGAAAUCACUGCUGCUGAUGAAGGUUUUAAGGGAAAUUUGGUCGACUGGGUAAAUCAGCUCUCUGUUUCUGAUCGGAUUAAAGAUGCAAUUGAUAAGCACAUAUGUGGGAAAGGCCAUGAUGAAGAGAUUGCGCAAUUCCUAAAAAUUGCUGGCAAUUGUGUAAUUUCUCGGCCCAAAGAGAGGUGGUCUAUGUAUCAAGUUUAUGAAUCGCUAAAGACCAUGGCUGAGGAACGAGGUUUCUCUGAACAGUUUGACGAAUUUCCUUUACUAUUUAACAAACAAGAUAUCAGCAGUUCCAUUUGAUGCAUGAAUAGAAAAGCAUUACGAAAUGUUUCACAUCUGGUGAACACAACUAUAUCCUACGGUAAGUUCUUCACUUCCCUUAGGUGCAAGUGGAAUCAGGAACGAUACAUAUGGUUCUGUAAAGGACUACCACGAAUAUUGCUGUAUUAUACUGUGAAAUGACAAAUUAUUUUGUAAGUCUUCUGCUUGAAAUUUAUUGUAGAGAUAGCAAGUGUUAUUGGUUUCUUAUGUUCUGUCUUCCCUUAGCUGAUAGUUAUGCAUUAACAAGACACUGAGCAAAACCUGUCACAUAGUUGCUCGAAAUCUGUAAUACAACUAACUUAGAUUUUUGCAACUGACUUGGGCAUUGGCCUUUUAAGGUCAGAGCAUUCCCCUUUGUUCUUCA